AUGGAAGAUGAGGACAUCACAGGAGAUUGUGGAGGAGAAAAGACAAUGAGCUCCACUAUGGAUGGAGGACUUCACAGUGUGGAUAGACCAUGGAAUCCCUCUGACUCUGAGCAACCUCGUACUGUGAGGGGUGGGGCCGGGAUUCAGGAGGAGGAGAAAUUUGCUUCUCCUGAGUGUGGAAAAAGUUUUAGCUCACAGCAAAGUCUCCUUGCGUAUCAGAUACCCCACAUAGAGGAGAAAUCAUUUUCGUAUCUUCCUUCACAAGAUCAGAUAUGUCACACGGAUGAAAAGCCGUAUCCCUGCCAUGAGUGUGGGAAAUGUUAUCCACGGGAAUCAGAACUUGUUAUACAUAAGUUAUCUCACACUUGGGAAAGGCCAUAUUUCUGCCCUGAGUGCGGGAAAUGUUUUCUAUCGAAAUCAGAAUAUUUUACACAUCAAAGUUCACACGCAACUAAGAAGCCAUUUUCCUGUCCUAAGUGCGGGAAAUGUUAUCCACGGAAAUCAGAUCUUGUUAGACAUGAAAGAUCCCAUACAGGAGAGAAGCCACAUUCCUGCCCGGAGUGCGGGAAGUGUUUUCCAUAUAAAUCAGAUCUUGUUAGACAUCGGAGAUCUCACACAGGAGAGAAGCCGCAUUGCUGCCCUGAAUGCGAGAAAUGUUUUAUAUCAAAAUCAGAUCUUGUUAGGCAUCAAAGAUGUCAUACAGGAGAGAAGCCGUAUUCCUGCUCUGAGUGUGGGAAACGUUUUUCACAGAGCCCCAUACUUACCAGACAUCUUCGACUGCACACAGGAGAGAAGCCGUUUUCCUGCCCUGAUUGCGGGAAAGGUUUCUCACAAAGGUGUUAUCUUAACAAACAUCGGGAAUCCCACACAAUCCAUGAACAUGUAUUAGUGUCGCAAGUGCAGGAAAUGUCUUCUAUAUGA